GUCAAUGCGCACAGCUGUCAGAAUUCUAGUUCGCUUGGUCGACAUUCUGUUUUAGAGCCACGUGCAUGCAACUUUCUGGACUGCUUUUUGUGAUUUAUUUCUCAGGUGUUGAAUUAAUCUAACAUCAAAAAAUUGUUGCUAUUCAUCAACAAUGUCUCUCAUUGAGGAAUACGAGGAAGGGGAAUACGAGAGAGCGCCUAAGCGUCUCAAGACGAUGGAUGUGGAGGAGGGAGAGGAUUUGGAGGAGGGGGAGGAUUCAGAUACAGCUUCCGCGGGGCUGCUAGGAGAUGAGGAGGAUGCUACGGGGACCGCCGGGGAAAACCGGGCCCGGUGGUCAACAAAAAAAUAUGGGUCUGGAAGAAAGGACAAUGGGGAGGAUGCCCACAGGAUCGCCCCCUCUCCGGUGGUCCACGUGCGGGGGCUCUGUGAGUCAGUGGUGGAAGGGGACCUGGUGGAGGCCCUGGAGAAGUUUGGCAACAUCUGCUACGUCAUGAUGAUGCCGUUCAAGCGUCAGGCGCUGGUGGAGUUUGAAGCCAUGGAGAGUGCCGACCAGUGCGUGACAUGCGGUGCCAACGAAGCGGUCUACAUUGCCGGCCAGCAGGCCUUCUUCAACUACUCCACCAGCAAGAGGAUCACGCGGCCAACUAACGCCGAUGACCCCAACAGUGGCAACAAAGUCCUGCUCCUCUCCAUUCAGAACCCCCUCUAUCCCAUCACCACUGAUGUUCUGUACACAGUCUGCAAUCCCAUAGGCAACGUACUGCGCAUUGUCAUCUUCAAACGCAAUGGAAUCCAGGCCAUGGUGGAGUUCGAAACUGUCAAAAAUGCCCAGAAGGCAAAAUCAGCACUCAACGGAGCAGACAUAUACGCCGGCUGCUGUACCCUGAAGAUAGAAUACGCUCGGCCCACGCGACUCAACGUCCUCCGCAACGACAAUGAUAGCUGGGACUACACCAAGCCCUUUCUCGUCAGGCGAGAGCGGGGGAAGGGGAGGCAACGCCAGGCCAUUCUGGGAGAGCAUCCGUCCUCCUACAGCGACAACGGCUAUGGGCCACACUGCCCCCUGCUGCCCGUGCCCAGCAAUAACAGGUACAAGAGGAGCUCUCUCCAUGACGCCCAGGAAGUGGUCGCCUACCCCCUGCCCCAGACCUCCUCCUAUAUGGGCCACGCCUCCAGCUCGUCGGUCGCCAUGGUGAGCGGCCUGCACCCCGCCAAGAUGAACUGCACCCGCAUCUUCAACCUCUUCUGCCUGUACGGGAAUAUUGAGAAGGUGAAGUUUAUGAAGAGUGUCCCGGGCACCGCACUGGUAGAGAUGGGAGAUGAGUACGCUGUGGACCGAUCCAUCACACACCUUAACAGCAUCAAGGUGUUCAGCAAGAGGCUCAACGUCUGUGUGUCCAAGCAGCACGCGGUCAUCCCCAGUCAGGUGUUUGAGCUGGAGGACGGCAGCAGCAGCUACAAGGACUUCGGCAUGACCCGGAACAACCGCUUCAGCAGCGUGGGCCAGGCGUCCAAGAACAUCAUCCAGCCGCCCGCCACUGUGCUGCACUUCUACAAUGUCCCGCCCUGCAUCACUGAGGACGAGCUGCAGAGGUUAUGUACAGAGCAUGAGGUACCCGGUUUCAUCAAGUUCAAAGUCUUCGAUGCAAAACCCAGCUCCAAAACGAUCUCAGGCUUAUUCGAAUUUGACAACAAGACACACGCUGUGGAGGUUUUAACAGUCCUCAACCACCACCAGAUCAGAAUACCAAAUGGUUCCAACCCUUACACCCUCAAGCUUUGCUUCUCCACUUCCUCACACCUCUGAGACCUGGAAAAACCAAGAUGGCCGCCGCACUAGUACGCCAUCAACAAGGAGAGAAGCGGAUCGGGGAGAAAGGAAGAGCACCCAAUGAAGGAGAGCGAAACAAACAACGCGAGAGUGGAGAGUCAACACACUUUCUCGGACCUGAGAAUGGAAAAGCGAGUUAAAAACACUCAAGAUCCCCCCCCCCCCCCCCCCAUAUGAACUAUCUUAAUGGAUUAUUUUUGUUGUAUUUUUUUCCUUUGUAAUUAUUUGAAGGAGCUGCAAGUGGUUGGGCUGACAGUUGUAACUGGCAGAGGGAGAGGAAAGCCCAACUAUGCAUCCUGGCAGGGCUGCUUACUCUGCACCACAAUUGAUUUGACAUUUCCUGUGCUGACUUGAUGAGGGCCGAAUUUGACUUCUGUCUUUUUGUUGCGUGACCUAUUUUAGUGGUCAAAAGACAGUGGCCUACGGUACAUUUUCAUUCCUAAACUGAUGUCAAUGGCCAGUGGCCAGUUUUAUAACUUUCAGAAGAUUCCCAAAGGGCAGCUGGGAUAAAAAAUUACAAAUUGAAACCAAUGGAGGGCAAAACAAUUUAGGCGGUAGAGGCCUGCUCUCAGCUAGGGGAAACACUGGUGGAAACUAGUGGAAAUGCGUGUGCCUAACUCUGCAAUAUAAGAGAUUACUCAGUGUUUGUAAAUGAACAACCUGUUCACAUUAUAUUGUACAUAUGUGUGUAUAGCAGUUGAGUGUGUGUCCGGGCACUAUGUUAAUAAGAGCAGUUCCUUAUGGAAAAAACUACAUUUCACAUGUGAAUUGUUCCAAGAAAAAAACAUUUCCAUGUGAUUUCAAAUCAUAUGAUUUUCCACAUGUGAAAUCAGGUGGUUUUUCUGUAAGGGGUGUUUCUAUACCUUUUCUGUCGAUGGUCCUCUUCUUUGGAGGGCCAUUUGAAUUAAAACUAAAAUGAACACUUGAGACUGUCAGCUUACUAUCUGAUGGUCAGCAGCAACCCGCCAUGUCGGUCCCUGGAUCUAGGGUUGGAAAAUACUCAGCCGUUACGAGACGUCUGUCUUCUCUCAAGACUACAUUUUUUUUUUGAAGAAGAAGAAGACAUUUCAAACUGUGUUUCAAGCGUUCCAAACCCUGAAGGUCCAUGCGGGUUGGAUGUGUUUAGUGUUCCCAGUUAUACUGUGUCUCCAUGUUUGUACUUGGCCCACCACCACCACGUCUGAAGAAUUCACUGUGAGCAUGUGCAGUCAUUAAAACAUUUGCCAGUCGAUACACAA